CAUACACACACACACAUACAGAAAGAUCAGAGUUGACUGUUUGGGGAGAUGCACCUCGGCUCUGCCACCGCCAACCAGUCUUACUUUCUGUUAAUGUGAAGAAAAGAAACAAUAAUAUUAUCAGUAAUAAUGCCGUGCUUAUAAGUGGUCGUGCGACAGAGAUCCGGGGAGUGAAUGAAUUUACCGAUGAGAGAGCCAGUCAUUCCGGGGACAAGUAUGGCUUAUCAUCCGUUCUUACCUCACCGGGCACCGGACUUUGCGAUGAGUGCUGCUUUGGGACACCAGCCUCCGUUCUUCCCGGCUCUCGCCCUGCCGCCGAGCGGCGCGGCCUCUCUAACACUCCCGGGCGCACUUAACAAGCCCAUUGUGGAUCAGCUUGUCGGCGCAGCUGAGGCUGGACUCGCUAUAUCGGCAAUGGGCCACCAGCCUUCGCAUCUGAGGCCUCUUAAGAAUCUGGAGCCCGAGGAAGAAGUAGAAGACGACCCAAAAGUUAUACUCGAAGCUAAAGAUUUGUGGGAUCAGUUUCACAAGCGUGGCACUGAAAUGGUUAUCACCAAAUCUGGAAGGAGAAUGUUCCCGCCAUUUAAAGUUAGGUGCACGGGACUGGAUAAGAAGGCCAAGUAUAUUUUGUUAAUGGAUAUUGUGGCAGCAGAUGACUGUAGGUACAAAUUCCACAACUCACGCUGGAUGGUAGCUGGAAAAGCUGACCCUGAAAUGCCAAAGCGAAUGUACAUUCACCCUGAUAGCCCAGCUACUGGUGAGCAAUGGAUGUCCAAAGUCGUCACUUUUCACAAGCUGAAACUGACAAACAACAUUUCUGACAAACAUGGAUUUACUAUUUUGAAUUCCAUGCACAAGUACCAACCUAGGUUUCACAUUGUUCGUGCGAACGACAUUUUGAAACUUCCUUACAGUACUUUUCGGACAUACGUUUUCCCUGAAACAGAAUUCAUAGCCGUAACUGCAUAUCAAAAUGAUAAGAUAACUCAGUUGAAAAUCGACAACAACCCAUUUGCCAAAGGUUUUCGUGACACGGGGAAUGGGAGGAGAGAGAAAAGAAAACAAUUGGCAAUCCAAUCGCUGCGAGUCUACGAAGAACAGCAGAAAGGCUCCAAAGAGAACGGGACAUCGGACGAUUCGUCCAACGAGCAGCCCACUUUCAAAUGCUUUGGUCAGUCCGCCUCUCCCGCUGUUUCCACUCCAGGGACUGCCAACUUAAAAGGUGCUCUGCAAAGUGAUGGAGAAGAAAGCGACAUAGAUACUAAAGAUGACCCCAUUCAAGCGGAGACAGACUCGGAGAAAUUCUCCACAACCACCGAGCAGCGAAAAGAUGAGCGCAGUUCUGUCAAAUCGCACCAACGCCCAUCGGACACUGUGAACAGAAUUAGAGAACAUGAAAGCGCCAGGACUGAUAAGAGUUUAGCGGAUUUGCAGCAUAGCCCGACAAACACCGCCUCCAGCACUAUAGUCGUUAAUGGCGAGGGAUCGGAGAUCAAAAGUCCAGUCAGAGACCAUCAGAAAGGGGAUGAAGCCAGUGCGUUGAGCAAGGAAUCCUAUUCACCCCUAACCGUGCAGACGGAUAGCAUCUCACACCUGAACCAUGGACAUUUACAGAACUUCGCCUUUUCUCACAACUUAUCUGGUCAGCACUUCUUUACCCCAUUGGGCGCAGGACAUCCCCUUCUCUUGCACCCUAGCCAGUUUGCUAUGGGUGGGGCCUUCCCAAAUAUGGCAGCAGGUAUGGGCCACCUUCUGGCCUCCAUGUCGGCCUCCGCGGGCGGGAUCGGCAGCUUGGACCCCCUUGCUUCCUCACAGCAGGGAUUACCUGGUGGAUCAGCAACGGCUCUACCCUAUCACCUCCAGCAGCACGUCCUGGCCUCUCAGGGUCUUGCGAUGUCACCUUUUGGUAGUCUUUUCCCUUAUCCCUACACCUACAUGGCGGCAGCGGCCGCUGCGUCAAUGCCCGCUGGAGUCCCCACAUCAGUUGCGUCCUCUAUACAUCGCCACCCGUUCCUCGGCGCAGUCCGGCCUCGCUUGAGGUAUAGUCCUUACACGUUCCCCGUCCCCGGAAUGGACAGUAGCAGUUUGCUGACCACCGCCGUGCCAUCAAUGUCCACUCCAGGCGAGGCUAAAGUCAACAGCAUGGCAACCAGUCCUGUGUCAGCGGGCCUGGACUCGGGGUCAGAGCUGAACAGCCGGUCCUCGACUCUUUCCUCGGGAUCCGUCUCCUUGUCUCCGAAGCAGUGUUCAGAAAAAGAAACAUCCAGCGAGCUGCAGAACAUCCAGCGCCUGGUCAGUGGACUGGAUACCAAACAAGAUCGGUCAACCAGGAGCGGUUCCCCCUGAUAAGGACGGUGAUAGCCGAAAGCCACGAGGCUUUGCAUGUCACACACGUAUUAUCUGGUUUCUUUUUUAAUGCUAGUGUAGAGCCUUGAUCAUAUCGAGUUUCCCAGAUUAGCAACAAAAAGUAGCCGAAAAGUGGAAGAUGGAAGUUUCCAGACACCGUUGGUAGUUGGGUUGUAGAUGUCAAUCUGCUUUUCAUAUAUAUGCAAUAACAGAAGGAAACGGAGACUAUUAUAAAGUAUUUAUGUAAUUAUUUGAUAACGUGUAAAUAUACUGAAAUUAGAAUACUCGAAAUUAUUCUUUAAUUUAUUGUUGGUGUACAUACAUCUGUAUAUAAGGCUCCAAGCCUUUAUUCGUUAGUCAUACCCAUUUCAAUACAACUCCUUAUUAAUCAAGAGUGCCGGCAUUGUUACCACUAUUUUACCUAGUAAUGUGUUACCUUCCUACAUUAUGACAAAACCUUUGUAGAGUACAAGACGUGCCAUUUUUAGCUUUUACCAUUGUUUCAGUGUUAAAGUGCUACUGUCUUUACAGUUUAGAGUAACAAAACAAAAUAAAUGGGCUCACCUGUUGCUUGAAAAGUAAUGAAGACGCUUUUGGGGGAGGGUGGGUUCUUGGUGUGUCGAAACGAAUGGAAAUUUUAUGCUUACAGCUUGAAAGUGCCGAGAGUUAAAAAUAAAUGAAGGUAUAUUUUGUGUUAUAAAAUAUUGAAUUUUCUUGGUUUUCUUGUACUAUUUGUUUCGCUUUGAAGUUCUCAUAAAAUGUUUCAAUAAAUUUUUA